GGGGUUUGGAGGGGGGAAAGUGGCAUGUCGGCGUGCGUGCCUUGCGUACUCCUGCAGAUUCUGCAGGCCACCUGCCUUUGUUGCCUGCGCAAAGUGCUGCAAGGAGGGAAGGCACAUGUAACAUGGAGAUAAUUCGCUUGAACUAGGUACCCUCAAGGCGGUUACUUUGGCAACUUCUACCAGGCCAUCUUCCCGUGAACCCGAACCCCAAACCACCCCAAAAGGCUCGGAAACAUUAAAGUCUGCGCCCUUUCUUCCACGCCGGCCUGUCCAUGUCCUUUGUUCUCUCAAUGGCUCGACUGACAGCUUCAGGCUCUUUCUUAUCUUCCCACGUCCGACCACGUCCGACCCCCAACAGACCGCGAGCCGAUACACCGGAAUGCUCGAGCCUACCUUGCUUCGAAGCAACGAACCAUGCGAGCCAGGCAAUACAAGCACAAGAAGAGGCACGCCACCGGUCUACACCUCACGGUUUGUUCGCGGGCUACGCUUCUCGGGUCGCUCAAACCUCAAUCGAAAUCCCAGCCGUCAAAAGAUUUCACAGCCAAAAUGCGAGUCGACACAGAGAUACGUACUGUGUAACUCAACACCAUAACCCGUUCAAAAUUUCUCGGGGAAAAAGUCAAAUGAGGUGGCUGCCGACACCGACUCUUGAACCUCACUGGUUCAAUAUAUCAGGGUCCCACCCCGCUGGGAAUUUCCGUCCCGUCUUCACGCCUGAUUAUUAUGUCAUGAUCGGCGGGGACCUUGUUUCUCUAUGCUGACCUGCUACUGUGCGGCCUUCUUGGCAUCCUUGUCCGACUGUUGAUUUGGUGACUCGACAAAAGGCACAGAGACAGAGAGGCACGGAGACUUCCCCCUUUCUUCAGCGGCAGAGUCCCCUAAAAAAUGAACAUCGAGACAAGACCAGAUUUCGACCCCUCUUCGCCUUCUAGGCCUACAGAAACCCCGC